AUGUACCCUCGAUAUGUUAAUAAAUACAAGGAUAACGGUUUCAUGCUAGGUGCAUUGCCCGGAACAGCUCAAGGGAUGGAAAUUCAUAUGAGCACGGGCCCUGUGUCUUGGGCUUGGGACCAUUUGGCGGAAGAUCCACCGUACUUGCGGCUCAGGGUCAAUCGCUGUGACAGUUCUCUAGCUUCUCUCUUAGGCGUGGGAGAUUCUGGCAUCCAGGGUCUGUUCAUCGGCCUUGACUGCAUAGGCAACGAUCCCUGCUGGUCAAGCCGUGCGCGGAUCCGACUGACGGUGAAAGAUGAUCCACCGCCGAUAGGGGAGACUGACGUAGGAAUUGGAAACGGGGGAGUAGCAUCCAGUCCAUGCUCCCUCGAGGCUGUCACAAUCGUGCGUACACUCGGAGACCGGCUGAACGGUCUAGAGAAAUUACUCCCGGCUCCGAUCUUUGCCGUUGCCAGCCCCCAACUCUCGGGAUAG